GAUGCUAACUGUUGGGCAGUUAUUAUGAAUGAGAGGCUUCGUAGAACCAUCGGAAGCAUUGACCGAAUGCCGAGAGAAGACAGACGGAAGCAUGUGCAAUUGAUAAUACGAGGAAUUCUGCAGCCAAAUAGGGAGCAAUUGGCGGGUACAGCUUUAGCUCAGUUAGCAGCUGCUAUACUGUGGAAUGAAUGGAAAGCUCAUGAUGAUUGGCAGUCUUUCUACGAAAUGAUUUUGUUGUUAGAAUGGACAUCUAACGAUUAUCCUACCGAUCCUUUCUGCAAACUAGUUCUUUGUCGAGCCUACGCUCAUAUAGGUGAAUAG